AUGGCCUUCUCCAAAAACACAGUAAUCUUGGUUAUUCUCUGCUUCAUCCUCAUACAAGUGUUGGAGAACUAUGGUGGAAAUCAGCACAUGGUUGCAGCCGAGCAGAUAGGUAAGAUUGGGAGCUAUAAUUUACACACUGACAGCGUAGGGAUUGAAACUGGUCACUACUGUGCUGGCAAGUGCAAUUACAGGUGCAGCAAGGCAUCAAGACAGAAAAUGUGCUUAAGGGCAUGCAAUAGUUGCUGCCAGAGGUGCAAUUGCGUGCCACCAGGCACAGCUGGGAACCGAGAUGAGUGCUCUUGCUAUGCUUCUUUGACCACACAUGGAGGAAAGCUCAAGUGCCCAUGA